AUGACUCUUAUUAUUAGGUGUGUGGAUACUUCUGCAACUCCGGUAAAAGUGGAAGAAUUUUUUAUGGGAUUCUUAAAGGUGGACAACACAACUGGUCAAGGUCUUUUUGAAGUGCUUAAGGAUACUUUGAGUAGUCUUCAGCUUGAUAUUGACAACAUAAAGGGCCAGGGAUAUGACAACGGUUCUAAUAUGAAAGGAAUACGUAAAAGCGUACAAAAUAAGAUGAUUCAAAUAAAUCCUAGAGCAUUUUAUUCUCCAUGUGAUUGUCAUAGUCUCAACCUUACUAUUAGUGAUAUGGUGAAGUCAAGUUCGAUAGGUGGUACUUUUUUUGCUGCAAUUCAAAAUAUUUAUGUGAUGUUUUCGGCUUCACCAAACCGGUGGAAGAUUUACCAAGAUCAUGUUAAAGAGUAUUGUGAAGAUCAAAAGGUGAGGCAUACUGAUGGGAACAUAAUUAAACAAGAUAUGGAAAAUUUUGAAUUCUUGCUUAGUAUGGUUAUUUGGCAUAAUAUCUUAUCGGCCGUGAAUAAGGUUAGUAAAAUGCUGCAAACAGAAGAUAUUGAUAUUAAUAGUGAUAUUCAACAGUUAAAGGGACUCACUUCCUAUCUUGAUACAUAUCGAGAAGAUGGAUUUCAACAAGCUAUAUCUUUAAUAAGUACUAGGUUUAAAAAAUUUGAAAUGUACGAUGAGAACUUUGGAUUCUUAUUUAAUGUGAAUAAGAUACACUCUGUUGAUGAUGAAAGCUUAAAAGAAUCAUGUAUGAAGCUUGAAGGUUAUCUGCAGCAUGUCUCUUCAAAAGAUAUAGAUGGAAUGGAUUUAUUUUUGGAAUUGAAAAUGCUGACAUGUAUCGUUCCAACUUCUAAGAAAAAACCCAAAGAUGUGCUGAAUUUUCUGAAGACUAUAGAUGGCCCUUCUUCUUAUCCAAAUGCGUGGGUGGCUUUCGGGAUCUUGUUAACUAUACCGGUUACCGUUGCAUCUGCAUAA